ACUACGUACUAAGCGGUGUCUUGCACUGAGGUAACACGUGAAUCGUACUCUGAAUCGCAUAUUUCCUUAUAAUAUCGCCAAUUUCGGGAAAAAUAUACAACAAAAUUAAGUUUAUGUGUUUAGUGAUAGUUAAGUGGACUGCAUAAAAGCUGUUGUAAAGAAUUAAUUUAAUAAAAGACAGUAAGAUAACAAGUUUUUGUGUUGAUUUGAGUGGUUUCAAUUUGACUUUGACGUCACGAGAGAGAACCAAUCGGUUGGCGCCAAAGAUUAUGUAGUAAAUGCGUGUUUAUAAUUUACAAACAUCAGACAACUGUUGCUAAGAACCAAUCUUGAAUGGGGACCACGUGAGUGAAUGUCCGAAGUAUGCUUUUAAAAUGUACUGCCGAUGGGAGGCGCAUCAAAGUCAACGGGGCACCGAUCAGCCAAGGGAAUGUGGCGAGAGGCAUGAAAAUGACUAUGUCCACCACAGCGACAAUGAGCGCCCGCGUGCACAGGAAAGUGAUGCGAGCGCCGCAUAAACGCGCACACCCCGGGAAAAUGCUUCACGCCGGGAAGAUGGUGCAUCCGGGGAAAAACUUUCACGGACCGGGCAAGUUCGCGCACCUGGGCAAGUUUGGGAAACUCGGGCACUACGCGCACACGCACUCUUUACGGCCACCCGAGCCCUGCGAGAAUAGUAACGACAGCGGUCUCGGACCAGACCCCGUUAACAGAUUAUCCGAGGUAGCGGAGGAGUGGGAACAGCCGGAAACGAAAAGGCGGCGUGAGAACGAGACGGGUGUUAAGAUAGAAUGCGACGACGCUAACGAUGCGUACGCGUUCGCGCUGCCCGCUGCGCCUGCGCAUUCGCCCGCUCUGCCCGACGCUGCGCCCGCUCUCCCUAUCCCCGCGAUAAGAGCAGGUUGCAGUUUAUCUAGUCCAAGCAUGUCGGAGACGCCUGGAAAACGGUUUCAGGAUCCCGCGUACAGAUCGUGUGGCAAACUGGGAAGUAGCGGCAAACUCGCCACUAAAUACGCUGGCGGUGGAAAAUUGGGUGGAAAGUUGAGCGGAAAGCUGGGUGGGAAAUAUGGAGGUAAAUUGGCGCAAGCCUUGGCCCGACGAAGAGCACUAGCAGCGAUGUCGCAUUCAGGCCCACCUGGUUUGUCUGCUCCACUUUCCUGUAAGUCUCGGGAUGGAUCAGUGGAGCUACAGAUAUUAUGCCAACCCGAGACACAACACAGAGCAAGAUACCAGACAGAGGGUAGUAGGGGUGCAGUUAAGGACAACUCAGGGAAUGGCUUUCCUGUUGUAAAAUUAAUUGGCUAUGAUAAACCAGCUGUUCUACAGGUAUUCAUAGGGACAGACACGGGUCGCGUUGCGCCACAUAUGUUCUACCAAGCGUGCCGCGUAUCCGGAAAGAACUCGACACCCUGCAAGGAGAGGAAAGAAGAUGGCACCGUAGUCAUCGAAAUAGACCUGGAGCCUGCCAAGAACUGGCAGGUUACGUGCGACUGCGUCGGAAUACUCAAGGAACGCAAUGUAGAUGUGGAGCACCGUUUCGGUGAAGCUCUGGGCGGAGCGAGCGGCGCCCACGCGGCGAGAGGCAAGAAGAAGUCGACACGUUGCCGCAUGGUCUUCCGUACGGAGAUCCUCGACGCUAACGGACAGCCGGAGACGCUCCAAGUGUGCUCCACGCAGAUUAUUUGCACUCAACCUCCAGGCGUACCAGAAGUAUGCAGAAAGUCUCUCGUGUCGUGUCCAGCUACAGGAGGCUUGGAGCUGUACCUAUUAGGGAAGAAUUUCCUUAAAGAGACCAGGGUUGUGUUUCGAUUGCUGCAAGACGGUGGCACCUGGGAGGAGGAAGUGGCGCCUGAUAAAGAGUUUCUGCAACAAACGCACCUCGUGUGCUGCGUGCCGCCCUACCAGCGGUCGGACAUCACGGAGGCGGUGUGCGUGCAGCUGUUCGUGCGCUCGGCCGGCAAGGCGUCGGAGCCGCACGCCUUCUACUACACGCCGGUCUCGCGACACCCGCUGCACUGCACCACGCACCCCUCGCACGCGCACCACGCGCACCAAGCGCACCUCGCGCACAUGUCGCAAGGUGAGGAGGCGCGACCCGUGGUCUGCUGGGGCACUAGCGGUGCGGGAGGCGCACUAAUGCCGCCGCCGCAGGCUCCCGCUAGACGACCCUCACUCAUCGUGCCAGACCCUCAUUCACCUUUGGGACUCAAGAGUGAGAUAGCGGACGACUCUAGUCAGCACUCGCUGAUGGAUGGUUCAGAAAGCUGCUCGGAAGGCAAAAAACCACAUCCAGACGAACUCAACGUCAUGGACCUGCGCCUCAAGUCCGAGACCAUCGCCCGGGAUGGACAGUCACAGGUCAGCUAUGGUAGCGGCUAUGACUCAAUCAAGUUAUCUCCGACCACUCCCUCCCAGAGCGAGUCUCCUUCGCUCAUGGUCUCUUUUACGCAGCAGCUUCAGGCCAUUCAGAACCAAGUCCAGACAGACAAAAUGGUCGAGUCGGUUACAGCUGCCAUAUUCAACUCUGAUAACGCUGGUCAAAUAUACGACCCGCCCAUGCUACCAAUGAAUACUAUGGACACGAUGCAACAACUCAUUUCUGCGAAGUCGGCUAUGGAUCCCCUGGAGUCCGAUAUGAAAGUGCUCAACCCCGAAUUAAUGAUGACUGAUUCGAGGAUGCAGUCAACAAAUGAGCAGAGACUGAUGGUAUACAACCAGGUGCAGCAUGCAGAAAGAGAGGAGAGUUUCAACCCAUUCGGUGCUAUUACCAAAAUGGAAGCUACGCAGAUCAAACAGAGAUUGGCUCAGCAGACCGCACACAUGGAAGCUCUAGUGGAAGACGCAAUGAAGGCAACAGCGGCCAUGCUCCCAGCGGACGCAGCCAAGCUAGACGAACUGGUCAACUCCAGAGUAGACGACCACCUGUCAGGCUCCGCGACCUCGCCUUCCACUGCUUCCCAUGCGUCCGACGUCAUUCUCAGUCCGAACGCGGCGGUCGUCUCUCGGAACUCCGCGACCGAACUCCUCCCCUCUAUGUCGACGUCCGCCAUUCCGCCCGACGUGAUCCUGAACCCGCAGGUGUCGCCGAGCAUGCUCUGCGACAACAACCAGCGCAUAGUGCUUCCGAACGGCUCCUCGCAGGAUGACCUCAUGAUGAUGCCGGACAUACCGACGUCGGUGAAGACGCCGCCCGCCGCCGUCAAGUCGAUGAUACUGAACGCAGCGGCCGAGAUCCUGACGUCGGACACGACGAUGAACGCGCUGGUCACGUCGGCCAUCAACACGGCCAACAUCCUGUCCACGGAGAGCGCGGGGGGCGGCGGCAUGCAGGCGACGGACGCGCAGCCGCCGGCCGAGCCCGCGGGGGAGGCCCCGCUGGCCGCCAUGUCGCAGGCCGUGUCGCAGGCCGUGACGCAGGCCGUGUCGCAGGCCGUGUCGCAGGCCGUCUCGCAGGCCGUCUCGCAGGAGAUGACGGCGCCCGUGCAGGGCCUCACCGACAUGAGCGACCAGGACCUGCUCUCCUACAUCAACCCCAGCACCUUCGACCAAGUGUGAGGUGCCGCACUAAUGCAUUUCGUAGCGAGUACGGGCUCAAAGCAGUUUAUAUGUGAAUUAUUAAUAAGUGUUACUAUUGCUAAUAAUAGUAUAAAAUUAAGGCAUGAUAAUCUCUAUUUGUGGUGUAUAGGACUGGUUUUCGUGUUAUAUUGUCAAGAGAACGUUUGGGUCAAUUAAUAUGCGAGUCAGUAUUACAGGGCUAACAGAUAAAGGUGUUUCGUGUACAGCCAUAGAUUGAUAUAACAGUCACAAAAAACCAUAGAUAAGAGGAAAACCUACUACAGUCAUAAAAUUAUUUUGAAAAUUCUUGUUUUCAAGAAAUACUGUUGAAUUUUAUUUUUCUUUUCAUAAAAUUCAUUCGUUAACACUAUUGUGAUUUUUUUUUUAUUUUCUAGAAAAUUCAUUGGUGUUCUAUUAAUAAACGGAUGUCCUAAACGGUUUAUUGUAUGUAUUUUAUGAAUGUUUAAAUUUUAUAAAUGUUGAUAUAUGAAUGAUUGUAUCAAGUUUUAUGAUUUCGAAUUUUAUUAUGUAAAUAGAUCUUAGAUUUGUAUUUAUGACGUAUUUUUGAAGUGCGGUGGCGGCCAUCUUAGAAAUAAAGGAGAAUUUAUUACAUUAUAUACUUACAUAAAUAAAAUAUUUUUACAAUAACUGAAAUAACUUUAUAUUGCUUCCUAUGGAAUGGAACACAAAAUGACAAUUUAUUAGUAUAAAAAUAUUUUUUGUAUUCUACUAUUAUAGAAAUAUAGAAAUGAUUUUAAGGUAGCCGUCAAAACCGCUUGUAUUAAAACACCAUUGUGUACACUUGCCUUUAUUAAAACUUAAUUAAAUGCCGUGACUCAAUAUUAUGAAUACUAUUUUUACAAUAUUUACAUUAAAUGCUUAUAGGGAUGUUUAAUUUAAAAAAGGCAAUGUAUGCACUGGGUAAAAGUAUGAACGUUAGACCGACUGUCCACUGACAUACACUGCAUUGACUGCAAAGUAUACAAACUUACGGUUUUUUGCGUAUAGUGAGUAUAUUUCGUAUGCCAUUUAUUGUGUGGUGUACCUUUGAGUACUCGUUGGUGUACAGUGGACUUAAGCGAUUUAACAUUAGCAUUAGUUUAUUUUUAAGAUUAAGGCGACGUUACAUGGCGACUUGAGUAGAAAUUAUUAUAAUAUAUUUAUAUUAAUUUGAAUAUGAAUACGUACAUAAGAAAUAAAUGGGCAUCAUUAAAAAAAUAGUACAUAUGAAUUCGCAUUGUCAAAAUUAAUUUUAACUUUUAUCAAAUCGCAAUGUCAUGUAGCCUGAAGGACAACAGUACUGAUGUGAUAGAGCAAAGAUUAUAUAAACUUAGUAUAUUAUGUAUACAUACAGUUCAUAUUUGUAGGUAAAGUCGAAUGCUACAUAUUAAAUGUGCCAUUUACUAUAUGUAACCUUAUUUUAUAGAUAAUGUAGACGUAUCGCGAAUACUUCGAUGUCAUCGGAUGAUUGUUUUUGGCCGACAAAAAACUGCUACAAUAGAAAGCAGAUUCAUCAUAACUUAACUGUUCAGUGCAAGGCUUUGCGUGUUAGUAUUUUAUUUCAAAAUAUUGCAAUAGAUUCCUGUCAAACUAGACGUUUUGACAUUAAGGACAUCUAUAGUACCCUAAGAUAAAUAUUGCACAUCGACCUAAUUUCAUGUGUCAUUUAAACAAAAAUGGUGUUUGUUAUGUGUACUACAUCUGUACCUUUAAAAAAAAAAUCCAUAAACAUGAUCUUUUUAUUUUAUUUCUUCAUAACCUAAUGACAGCACUUAAAUAAAAAGAAUGAUGUAUUUUAUUCAAUAACAUAUACACUUAUAAUUGUUUUAACAGCUGCUCAUAGAUACCGAAUUGUUAGUGUUUCGUGCGACAGAGAUGACGCUAUACGAAGACGAAAUUAGCCGAUUGUCUCUUUCCAAAGGUCGAUAUGCAAUAUUUAUAGCCGGGUACUAUAGAUUGGUGAGUUUUAAACACUAACAGUCUUAUUUAUAAUAAGUUAUCGGAGGCUUAAAAGCUCGCUAAAAGUAGAUUGUCAAAAAGUGUUAUUCAUAAUCAUUCGAUAACACUAAAACGUUCAAUAACUCUCCGAUAGUGUCUUUGAUUUAUACAAGCUAGGACCUUUAAACACAUAGUAGCAAAAAACAUGGCCGAUUUUGGUCAGCUGAUUAUUGACAUUAUCUAUGUAACUAGUUAUUGACGUUUGCAAUGACAUUUGAUUUCUAAUACAUCCGACAUCGCAUUUUUUUAUUGUUAAAAGAAAUUACGUAUUUACCUAAAUAGGCAUUACAGAUAUCGGAGGUUUAUCAAACGAUUAUGAAUAAAGAUUUUAAUUGAACGUUAGAUAGUCUUAAAUAACGUUUUAAAUAGUAUAGGUUUAAACCUUCGAUAAGGGGGUUUAUUAUGAAUAAGACCGUAACUCAUUAUAUUUAAUUUAAAAAAUGUUAUUGAACAUACAACAGCAACAGUAAUUCAAAUAAAUUACAAUAGAACAUGAAUUAUUUUUCAAAAAUAAUAUUUAAUAACAGAAAGAAAUAUUUGGAGAUUUAUGGCAAUGAUGGAUCUGUGUAGAUUAAUAUUUAUUACUUAGGUCGAUGUGUAGAAACUUUUUAAUAUUUACAUUAAUGAAUGAUUUUGAUACAUUCAGCCACAAGCGAGCCGUUCAAUUCAUUAUAUAUAUAGGGACCAUGUUAAACAAUAUUCCAUAUACAAUUUAGAAAUUAUAACAGUUUUUAUAUGAAAUAUACAAUUAUUUUAAUAGUCUUUACCGUGUUAAAUGUGUAACAUGUAUUUUCACAAAUUGAAAUGUUGCAGUUUUAAAUAAUUGUUGAUGGUAUUUUGUACAAGAGAAAUUGAUUACUGAAUCUCUACUAGCAGGUCUACAUGUGUUAUAUGUAAAAUAAAAACAAAAAUAUUUCUUUAUUUGUAAGUAAACAUAAAAACAAUAUUAGGUACCUACCUUUUAUAAUGAAUUAUUUUAUAAUUAUAUGUAUUGUUUACCUUUUAUUGAUAAAUAUUGUACAUUAAAGUUUAGAUAUUUAUAAAAAGUUUUGACACCGUAUUUUUGGUGACGAUUAUUAUCUAUGUAUAAAUUUUUUUUCUUCCAUUAAAGUGUGUUAUAAAAAUAUAAAUCGUUAAUGAAAUUUGAUAGAUCAAUUUUAUGUAUUCAAAAUGUAUAUAUUAAAAUUAAAAAAUAAUAAUAAUUGACGCAUAAAUUAACACAUCACAUUUUCAUACAUUAUUAUCUGUCUUCCAUGUUUAUUUAUGAAACGCGGAAAAAGUCAAUGCACUUGACAACGAAGAACGAUAAUAAUUAAUUAUUAUUUAUUGUGGAACUUACGACUUAUAAUAUAUUAACCUAAACAUUCGUUGUGCAUAGUCAUUAUUUCAUGAUUCUUACAAUUCCUUUUUUGGACUAAAUGCGCAGUGCGUGAGUGAUAUUUGUGAUAGUGCAUGCAAUUUUGUAUUGAAUGAAUAGAACAUGAAGCUAUUAAUUACAUGAGCAAUGUAAUGAUUUGUUCAGUGUGCUGCGUAGCAUAGAUCUCUAGUCGGUCUAAUUCAAUGCAACUUGCCGAGGUUUACGAUGAUCAUCUAUAUGUUAAUUGUUUUGAUGUAAUUGAUUAAAUGUUAUACAAAAAUUA